AUUAUCCCAUAUAACAUUUUAAAUGGUCAUUAUGAAACAAGUUUUAAAAAGAGCGUGUCUGCGUAAAUAAUCAUUCAUGAUGGAGCCUAAUUUUAAUCUUCCGCCGUACAGAGUUUAAUGCCUGACAUAUUAUAUCUCUCAAACAUUUAUGCGCCUACAAAAAGAUUGAAAAUAAUCAUUUUACAUCUUUAUCUCAAUGUAUCUUUAUUUUGUUAAAGCAAUUCCAACCCGCAUAGUCGCCUCUGUUCAGAGAUACUCUAGGUUGUAACGUCUCUGCGUUGAAAGCAGUUUAGCUACAAAUGUAAACCAUUCUCACACUCGCUGUCAGCACCUAAAUGCUAAUCAGAUCAUUCUCGCCUGAUAAAUAUACCAAUUAGCUGCUGCGAUGUUGUUGUGGAAACAGGAAAUCGUCGUAUAAAAGCAAAGUGCCUAAAGGUAUCGCUAACCUGGGUUUCUGACAUUCUGAAAUUAAAAACGUGUAACUCAUUUGUAUUGCGUAGAAAUAUUUUAUCGGUAAAGAAAAAAUAAUGAGUGAUAGUAAUGAGAAUUUUAUCAGCAGUACGAGGACCCCGACGGGUGGCCAACCAGGUUCCUGAGGAGAUUUUGAAAGACCCCGACCUUCAGCAUGCUAUCCGCACCCUGCCCGAAAAUUACAACUUUGAGAUCCAUAAAACAGUGUGGAGGGUGAGACAGGCCAAGGCAAAGAGGGUGGCGGUGCAGCUGCCAGAGGGGCUUCAGAUGUUCGCCUGUGUGAUUUCUGACAUCAUUGAGAGGUUCACGGAGGCUGAUGUCGUCAUCAUGGGGGACGUGACAUAUGGAGCUUGCUGCGUGGAUGACUUCACUGCCCGGGCCCUCGGCGCCGACUUCCUGAUUCACUAUGGACACAGCUGCCUCAUCCCCAUCGACUCCAUGGCCGGGAUGAACAUGCUCUACGUGUUUGUCGACAUCCAGCUGGACACGGCCCACUUCCUGGACACACUGCGCUUCAACUUCCCGCCCGGCUACUCGUUGGCACUGGUCAGCACCAUCCAGUUUGUGGCCGCGCUCCAGUCCGCCAGCGCUGAGCUGCGUCCCCAGUACAAUGUUCUGGUGCCUCAGUGUCGCCCCCUGUCUCCCGGGGAAAUCCUGGGCUGUACGUCCCCCCGCCUGGAACACCCAGUCGACGCCAUCAUUUAUCUUGGGGAUGGACGGUUCCAUUUAGAAUCUAUCAUGAUCUCCAACCCAGACACACCUGCCUACAGGUAUGACCCCUACAGUAAGGUCUUCUCCCGGGAAUACUAUGAGCACAGCGUCAUGCGCGCCGCCCGCCGGAAGGCCAUCGAGGACGCCCGCUCCGCCCACACCUGGGGCCUCAUCUUGGGCACUCUGGGGCGCCAGGGCAGCCCCAAAGUGCUGGAGCACCUGGAGUCCCUGCUUCAGGCUCAGGGUAAGACCUUCUUCAGAGUCCUGCUGUCUGAGAUCUUCCCCAGCAAGCUGGACCUGCUGCCAGAAGUGGAUGCGUGGGUCCAGGUCGCUUGUCCCCGCCUCUCCAUUGACUGGGGCUCCGCCUUUUCCAAGCCCCUACUGACUCCGUAUGAGGCAGCGGUAGCCAUCAAAAAGGCAGAGUGGCAGGAGGUGUAUCCCAUGGACUUCUACUCCAGUAAGAGCUUAGGGCCCUGGGCUGUCAAUCACCCUGUCAACCAACCAGCUCGCCCUGCUCGCAGGCAAGCAAGAGAGAAAAAUAACCAAAUCGUAGCUGCUCCUACUAAGCAGUGUGGAAGUGAGAAGUGCGCCCCCUGUGGUUGUCAGGGAGAGUGAUGCUCCUAUUUCCCAAGACAACAGCCAAUCAUGUGCUUGCUGAGGACUCAAUGCAAUAUACCAGGGAUUCUGUGAUAAGAACUAUAUCUAUUUAUUUGUCUCAUUGUUUUCCCUACUUGGAGAUGCCACACCUCGUCAUUUUUCUGCAGAUCUACGGCACUCUGGCCGACUGCUCACACAGGCUAAUGUUCUGGACUGAAUGUAUAAUAAGUUUUAAUGCUGCUGGAUGUUUUGUGGGAGUAUGUUAAAAAAAAACUGCACGUUGCUUGAUUGAUCAUUUCAGCCAAUGCCCCCACCAGCCUCACUGUGCAUUCAGAGUUGCUAAAAUUCUUCACCUCCUCCCUGAAGCUGCCCCCCCUCAUUCACUUGCGUGUAACUGGUUUUUUCCCCAGAGGACAUUGCGGAAGCACAUGUGUCUGUUUUCAAGAGCUCUUGACCUUCAAUUUGAGUCCUGAGGAUGAGUAUGAAUGGACGACAGAGAAGGUCAGCCUUUGUACCGCCAAAGAAGAUGAGACCACUUUCAUUUUCCUUUUUAUUGCAAAAAUGUUUGUUCUCUUUUCAAAGCGGAUGGGUAUUCUGUGUGUGGGGAGCACUAAUGUAUUCCAUUACCAAAUUAUUUAACAGUACAGUGCAAAGACUUGCUAUUAUUUUGCAUGUCUCUGGUGUCGAGAACAGACUGGCUGAUCUUUUCAUUUUUCCAUUUGAAGUAUAUUUCUCCCUAGACCAGAUCAAGGAAAACUGUUCACCACCAGAACAUUUGGCCAGCACAGUAAAUUGAUGAAGAAUAUGCUUAUGAAUUCUGAGAAUACAAAUUGAUGGCUCUUUGGUCCAUUUUCCUUUAUAAUAAAUAAACAUUAAUAACACAUCUGUA